UUUUCUAGCAACCAACCCUACAGGGAGACUUUGGUAGUGAGAACUGCAUUCCCCAAGCAAGUUACUGUGCAGCGUGGCUUCUCCUGCCUCACAAACCUGCAGUCUGCCUGGUGAGAGAUCGAACAGAGGUAGCCCGGAGUGAUUGGCAUCUCCUGACCUGUAGUGACGUGUCCGGUGUCGGCGUGUGCGGAGCGCGGGAGUAAUAACAACAAAAUACCAGUAACAACAACAUGGAGCAGAAAUUCUGCAAAUGACAUAGGAAACACCACCCACUAUGGGUUGAAUUUCUUCUACCUGUGCUGCUAACGUGCUGGGCUUCCUCAUAAUGGGAAGGUUAAGUAUUUCUUGCCUGGUUCCAGCUUCAUGGCACUUCAGCCUCUCUGCAACUGGGUUCCCUCGCCUCCUAAACCCCACUUUCCGUCAGCUGAUGGUGAUUGGCGCAGCAGCGGUGAUCCUCCUUUUACUCAUAUACUCUCUGCUCAUGGCCAGGAGCAAACAUGGCGGUUCUUACCUAGACAUCAAAUAUCAGAGGUACCUGGCUCGUGUUACAGACAUGGAUGCCACAGACACAAGCAAUCCCAACAUUAAUUAUGGCAUAGUUGUAGACUGUGGAAGCAGUGGCUCACGGAUAUUUGUGUAUUGCUGGCCACGUCACAAUGGGAAUCCACAUGAACUUCUAGAUAUCAAGCAGAUGAGAGAUCAGAACAGGAAGACUGUCGUCAUGAAAAUCAAACCAGGUAUUUCAGAACUUUCUAGCACCCCAGAGAAAGCCAGUGACUAUAUCUCCCCCUUGCUUGACUUUGCUGCCCGCCACAUCCCCAAGAACAAGCACAAAGAGACCCCUCUGUAUAUCUUGUGCACUGCAGGGCUGCGAGUCUUAACUGAAAGCCAACAGGAGGCCAUACUGGAAGAUCUGAGGACGGAUAUCCCGGUGCGAUAUGACUUUCUUUUCUCUGACUCACACACUGAGGUCAUAUCAGGGAAACAAGAAGGAGUUUAUGCCUGGAUCGGCAUUAAUUUUGUCCUGGGGCGCUUUGAUCAUAUAGAAGAAGAAGAUGACGCUGUAGUGGAAGUGAACGUCCCUGGGGCUGAUAAUAAGGAAGCCAUCCUGCGCAAGCGCACAGCAGGCAUCCUAGACAUGGGUGGCGUCUCCACCCAGAUCGCAUACGAAGUCCCUAAAAGUGUAAGCUUUGCCUCCUCCCAGCAGGAAGAAGUGGCUAAGAACCUGCUGGCGGAGUUCAAUCUUGGCUGUGAUGCGCACGAGACGCAACACGUUUACCGUGUGUAUGUUGCCACCUUCCUCGGUUUUGGAGGUAACGCCGCUCGCCAGAGGUAUGAAGAUCACAUCUUCUCCAGUAACAUGGAAAAGAACAGGUUACUGGGGAAGCAAAUUGGCAUGUCUGGGGAUGCUCCAUACUUGGACCCCUGUCUUCCUCUGGAUAUCUCUGAUCAAAUCCAACAACGAGGGCAAACUAUGUACCUGCGUGGCACAGGAGACUUCCAGCUUUGUCGCCAGAUCAUUCAGCCCCUUAUGAACCUAUCUAAUGAGACACAGACCACCUUGAAUGGCGUUUACCAGCCACCAGUUCCCUACCACAACAGCGAGUUCUACGGUUUCUCCGAGUUCUAUUACUGCACUGAGGAUGUUCUGCGUAUGGGUGGGAGCUACAACUCUACUCGCUUUCUGCUGGCAGCACAAGAUUACUGCGCCACCAAGUGGUCUACACUGAGGGAGAGAUUUGACCGUGGCCUUUACGCAUCACAUGCAGACCUGCACCGUCUCAAGUACCAGUGCUUUAAGUCUGCCUGGAUGUAUGAAGUUUUCCACACAGGAUUUUCCUUCCCUAGUAACUAUGGCAACCUCAAGACUGUUCUGCAGGUGUAUGAUAAAGAAGUGCAGUGGACCCUGGGAGCCAUAUUGUAUCGGACCAGAUUCUUGCCAUUGAGAGAUAUCCAGCAAGAAAAUUUCCGAGGCAACCAUCCCCACUGGCGAGGGGCGUCCUUUGUGUACAAUCACUACCUGUUUCUGGUGUGCUUUCUGGUUGUCCUGCUGUCCAUUGUGCUUUACCUGUUGAGACUUCGACGCAUUCACCGCCGUAUGCAGCGCAACACCUCCUCUUCUGCUCUGUGGGUAGAGCAAGGACUUCAGUCCCCCGGGCUAUCAAAUGUUCUAUGAGCCACCGCAAUACCCGCACACUUCUCAUUGGAUCGGCAAGAAGAUUGUAUGGACUGUGUAGCAGCUCCCUGUUAUCUAUAAAAGAUCUGGAUCUUAUGAUUACCAGUGUGGCUGCCAUAGCCCUGGCAUGUACAGAUGCAUUUAACAAAGCCAUGUUUUUAGACUCAGGGUUACCUUUACCCAACAGUAAUAACUGAGCGUGAUGGAACCCUCACUACAGUCGAUCAGGGCAUAUCUUAUAUGAGGAUGGAAGAACACUUGUCACCAUCUACGUGGUCACUACAUCCUCACAUGCAAAAAACUUGACAUGAAAUUGUCAUUCAGGUUGUUUUAGAACUCAGAGGCCCAUUGGCUUAAAUAUCAUGGUCAUGAUCUAAAUGGGAGAUUCUAUUCUAAAAACCCCCAAAGAUUUACUUCACCCUUUGGAAUAUAUUUCUGAGAAGAAUGGAGCUUGAGCGGCUAAGGAAGCCACUUUCUCUCUAGUGUCUGCAGUGUUCACUUUGUUCUAAAAUGGGUCAGUGUUGAUGAUGCAUAGGGUAGUGUGACAGACAUAUGCGAUUUCUUUUCCUUGGCCAUAGCGCAGUGAGAUAUUGUUUAAGGGAUCUGUACCUAUGUGUUAGUGCCCUCUCCUAAUUCUGCCUUAUGAGGAAAUUGUUAAACGGUAGGUGACUGUUGCAUUGCUCAUCCCUGUAUAUUUGCUGAUAGAAUUUUCUAUUUGGUUCCUUCAUAUGAAGUCCAACCUUCCGUCCAUAAAAGGCCUUGUACGAUAUAGUAUUUUUACUAUAUAAAAAGGGAUCGGGUGCGUGAUUACUGUAUGAUCAAGCAGCUGGCAAAUGAAGUCCGCAUUGCUGUGCGCCUAAACGAUAACGGACGAAUACCUGCUGCUGUGCGUUUGUUAGGGGCACCAUCUUUGUCUCUGUUCACAUAGGGCAUCUGUUUUGUUUCCUUUCACAAUUUGCAUUCACAUUAGAUAUAAGGCAGCUGUAGUUUCCAGGAUACCUUGGGUGGGGUGUGUGCAACUGUGUAUUGUGAUGGUGAGUAACUGCACACAUAUAAAUCAUGCCACUCCGCCUCAUUGUCAGCUGCACUUUAAACUGCAGUUAAAUAAGGAUUUACUGUCUAAACUGCCUUUUUGUACAUUCGGAAUUCUUAAGUACAGCCUUCUGCUUCUGGCCUUUACCUGUAAUUACGUGGUUUACAGGAUCUGUCUCAUUAAAGGAAAACGUGCACCUAAGACUAAAGUAAUAUCCACAAGGCCUCUAUAAAUUAUAUAUAUGUGUGUGUGUAUGUAUAUAUAUAUUAUAUAUACACACACACACACACAGUACGGUCUGGUUAUUGUACAUGCAAGAGAGCACCUUUUUUUUUUAAAAAAUGUAAUGCAUCUGUUUCAUUAUUAUAUAGCGAAUUCCACUGUAACAACUGCAUAAAACAACUGCAUCCAAUCCACUGCUCAGGCGGAUAAAUCUGCCAUUUAUUUUACACAGCAAUAGUGUUUUGUUUUUUUUUACAUUUUUUAAGAAGUAAAAUGAAAGAAUCUUUGUGUGUAAUGUGCCAAGUGUACUAUCCUGACCUGGCACAUGUGGGGGUGCAAUCCUUACAGAAGCACAGAGGUUCACGUAAUAUAUUGAAGGAUUUGUUUAUUGGGAUAAUUCAGGAAAUGAUGAGGGACGUUUGUUUCAUGAUUUUUUUUGUGUGUGUUUUCCACAUUUUUAUUUAUUAAAUAAUUUAUUUGCCAUAUGGCGUAUGUGUAACUGACUCUCACAGUGCAAGGGGUCUGUCUCUGACCUGACGGCUGGUGUCGGUGUUUGCAGAAUGCCAAAAUAUGCAGCCAUGCUUUGUUCUAAUCUGCUUGCCUGACCUCUCGCUCUCCUGUUUUUGUACUUCUUAAUCUCCUCCUGGCUACAUUCUCACUCCUUCCUGUAAUGGGCCUCAGUAGUUCUCUGUUCUCCAUUCCAAGUCUCCUGGCUGAUCUUCACCUUGGCUGGUUCUCUGGAUUUUGUUCUCAGUACCUGCUACCCUGGGUCUGGUCUUUUACAACAUGACUGUCCCUACUAAUGACAAGUGCACCCCAAAUACUGUCUGCGUAUUGUCUUUAUAUCAUUUAUGAUGUGCAUGAAAUAUCUACUCGGAUGGUGUUGGGUUCCCCUACUUCCAAGGCAUAUGGUCAGUAUGCUGGUAACAUUGCUGCCUUGCACUGCCCUGGUCCUGGGUUAGAUAUCAGCCACUGUUGUUCUUAGUGUUUAUACCCAUAUCAUAUAGUAAAGCCUCCACUCAGGACUGGGUGUACAGGGCACCACACAACUACAGACAUUGGUUGCUUACUACAGAUACUCUUCCUACAUCACCUCUCAGCUAAAAUUCAGGUCAAGCCUUGGUCAGUAGAUUAAACUGUGUGAAAUAUACGAUCGGCCAAGGAGCAUAGAUGUAAUCCAGAGGCCAUUUCAUCCAAUCAGAAAUCCAAGUAGCUGAUCAUAAUUGAUCUUCCUGACUUAACCCACCUCAGCUGUUCAAAGAUCUACUCCCUUGGCCACUGCAGACCUUUCCGCAUACGGUAGCAUAAUUCUGUGCAUUCACGUUGGUUACCUAGAGGAACAGUGGCACAAAAUGAAGAAGGAAUUGAUCCUAUGGUUGAAAGUCAAGUAUCAAUGUUCAGAGGCACUUUCUCUUCCUGCCGACCCUCCGUUCCCCAUGUGAGCUUUGAAACCCUUUCUGGGUUCUUUGUGUCCAUCGUUUCAUUUCCUUCCUAUGCUACUGGUUUGCACUGAACUUUGUAUAUGUUUUCUCCUUUGUAUGAAAAAUACAAUAAAAAUCAAUCGUUGGGC